CCCUGGAGCUGAGGUCGGAGGGGGGUGGAGGGGGUUAGGGCCGUCUGAGAGCCUGGGAUUCUGCUCCUUGGAGAUCCGGAUGGAAACUUUUCUGACAGCUUUGCUGGGGGGAGACCUUGGUUGUCUCGAUGCUAGACCAUCCUUUACUAAGGACAGGGGUCUCUGGGUCUCUUCCCUGUCCCAGGUUUACCUUCCAGAGGCUAACAGUGCUCUCUCGCCAGAGGAAACAGCCACAGAGCAAGUCUGCCAGCCCGAAAAGAUAAAACGCCUCCAAGGCUGCCGCUUAAACCAAGGCUCAGGCAAGCCCCGUGGCCCCUUGGCUCUGGAGGAAGAGCUGGUGUCUGCCUCUCAACUGGAGGAAGAGGACCUGGGUCCAGAUUCAGCGCCAGACGUGGAGGAGGAGGGAGCAGAGGAGGAGGAGGGGGAGGCCGAUCUGGGGGACCCAGCUGUCCAGAGUGCUGUCCACAACAGCCAGAAAGGUCUUCUCAGCUCCCCUGGAAUCACAGACCCUGGUGUUCUGGGGGUGCCCCCUGCCUCCUUGCACUUCCUGUGGCAGACCCCGGACCACCUGGCUCCCCUUCCGUUUCGGCCCUCCCUUCCCAGCGCCGGCUCUGCAGCCCGCCACUUUGGACCUCAACUGCCCGCACCAGACCCGUCGCUUCUCUGCAGCCCGCCCACCUCGUGGCCCCUGAGGCUCAGCCCACGUUUCUGUCUAAGUCUCCGCAGUCAUCUGACCCAGCUCCACCCUCAGCACCAGCGGAUCUUGAAGCAGCAGCAACAGCAGGGUCGACCACGAAGUCCCCCAGCCAAGAAGUGGCCUCAGCAGCCAGACUCCUAUGCUAACCUCAUGACGCCGAAAGAGAAGGACUGGGUGGUAAAAGUGCAGAUGGUUCAGCUGCAGAGUGAGAAGCCGCGCCUCGAUGACUAUUACUACCAGGAAUAUUAUCAGAAACUAGAGAAGAAGCAGGCAGAUGAAGAGCUGCUUGGGCGAAGAAGCAGGUUUGAGUCUCUCAAGCUGGUCACACCUUACAUUCAGAAGGCGGAGGCUUAUGAAUCAGUGGUCCGAAUUGAGGGUUCCCUGGGCCAGGUAGCUGUAUCGACGUGUUUUACCCCUCGCCGAGCUAUUGAUGCUGUGCCCCACGGAACUCAAGAGCAGGAGACAGCAGCUGCAAGCAGUCAGAGGCUGUGGGUGCUGUACCGGAUUGAGAAGAUGUUCCUUCAGUUGCUGGAGAUAGAGGAUGGCCAGCAGGAGGCCCAGCCCCACGACUCAGAGCAGCGGAGCAGCCGGGUUGAGAAGCUUUUCCAGGCCUUAAAGGCCCAGGGGCAGAAUAAUUUGGAGGCGGCGGAUGACGGCUUCCUGCAGGCGCUGUCCGUGGGGAAGGGGAAAGCCCUGGUGGCCCGGCUCCUCCCCUUCCUGCCCCGAGAUCGAGCUGUCAGCUUGCUGCUGGCCAUCACCCGCCACCUGCCCUUCCUGGUCAAGAGGGAUGUGGCCGAUCAGGCCCUGCAAAUGUUAUUUCAACCUCUAAGCAAAUGUAUCAGGCACUUGACCUUCUGGGAACUCCUCCAAGGACUUCAGGGACUCAUGCGGCCACCACCUGGCUCCUCUGAGCGGCCAGUCACUGUGGCGCUUCAGAAUCAGUUUGGCAUAUCUUUGCUCUAUGCACUGCUAAGUCAUGGGGAGCAGCUGGUGUCUCUGAAUUCUUCCCUCAAGGAGCCCAGCAGUGACCAUUCAGCUUGGACAGACAUGGUGGUUCUCACUGCCUGGGAGAUUGCUCAGAUGCCUGCAGCCUCUCUGGCAGAACCCCUGGCCGUCCCCAGCAACCUUCUUCCCCUGUUCUGUCACCACGUGGACAGACGAUUGGUACAGAAGCUGGAGGCUGGGAUGGAGUAUGUGACCGUGGAAAUAAGAUCAUAGCCCUGGGUUGAAGCCCAACUAGGCUCUAUCACUUCUUUACUAUGUUUAAACCAAGAGUAUGGAGGAUAAUUUGCUUUUUGAAGUAUUUCUAGACGUGGGUACUUACUGAGUAACCAGUCUGCUCCAAGUUAGGGUUGUAUGGCCUGUUUCUUCAGCCAAACAUUUCCAUUUUUUUCCUAGGAACUUUGAUUAUUUAUCACACCAAGAUAUUUGAGAGUAAGAAUUAGUUUUAGAAGAUGAACUAUUCAUUCAAAAAGCAUUUGAGGGACAACUCAAAUGUAAACAAGAGGUAAACGCACAAAGAACAUGUAGCUCAUCUUUGCUCAGAACUUUGCAUCUGCUGGACAGAGAUACUAACCACAUCAUACAAUGCUUUAAAGGGAAGUUAUUUGGAGUUGGUCCCUCUUUUUGUAGGUUUGCUUUGAUCUACUGAUCAGGUUGUUCCCGAAUGCCUAUAUAUGGGGAAAGUUUAGUGAUCAGACACUAGCUGUGUAUAGGUUUUUGCCCACAGGGAUCCAGAGAGUCUGAAGACAGUUGGACACCUUGAUAUAUUGGCAAACCUUGGAAACCUUUUCUCAUGCUUCAAAAAACUGAACUAUGUGCCUAAAAAGGCAGAGCAAAAUGAGGUAUAAUUAAAAAGAUAACAGAAUGUAGUGCUGCAGCUUGUUUGUAAGUCAAGAGGUAUAAUCAA